AUGGCGAGAGUAACACCACUAUCGUCUUCUUCAUCGACUCAUCUUAUCCACAAUCUUCUCCGACUUCCGGAACCACCGUCUUCGGUCUGUCUCUUCCUUAGACCCUUUUGCUUCUCUGCUUUAACCUCUCAAUCCAACCACCGUAACAAGCCUCGCUUUCAAUCAUUAUCUUCCUCAAAGCCCCUUCCUUCUCCUUCUACUUAUACCUCAAUCGUAGCGAAAUCCUUGUCUUCCAUCGAUGAACCAGAUAUCGAAGAAGACGAAGAGAGCGAGGAAGACGAUUACAGCGCAGAAGAAUACCAAGACGAAGACGAAGAAGACGAAGAAGAUGAGCUGGAGGGUGGAAUGGUUUCCGCGGAAGCAACUGAGGAGGUUUCGGAGAUGGGUUUAGGGGAGAAGGAGGAGAAAACAGAGAAGAUGAAGAAGAAGGCUCGAGGCUCGGGUCUGAAGUUGUCGAUAAAGGAGAAGAAGGAAUUGGCUUCUUACGCGCAUAGUCUGGGUGAUAAAUUGAAAUGCCAGCUCGUAGGAAAAUCUGGCGUCACUGAUUCAGUGGUUUUCUCCUUCCUCGAGACUCUCGAGAAGAACGAGCUCUUAAAGGUGAAAAUACGGAAGACAUCGCCAGAUGAGCUAGAGGAUGCGGUUAGGCAUUUGGAGGAAGCGACAGGUUCAGUAGCAGUAGGACAAAUCGGACGGACCGUGAUACUGUAUCGGCCUAGUCCCACCAAAAUGAAAGCAGAGGAGAAGAAGAAGGAAGUUGAGAGAUUGUCGAUUAGAAGGAGACAGAAGUUCACAAACACUAGACCCUUUGUUAGAAGAGAGUUUUCAGAAAGACCUGAUGGACGUGGACGCAGAGGCGGAAGUAGAGUUGCAACAACAUGA